AUGCCAUUCUUCUACAGCAAAGGUGUCGGCGGUCGCCGCUUCGGAACGAGCAUUCACGCUGACAGACAUGGUGUGCGCCGAGGGCCAUGGAGGUUCAACAUCUGCGGCUUCAACUGCUUCAAGAAUCGCCACUGA